GCUUACCCGUUACGUCGUCGGUCAAAGAGUGUGGCUUUCAACCCAGAAUAUUCCGAUGCGUUCCGUUUCGAAUAAACUUGCUCCCAAAUUUAUUGGCCCGUUUUCUGUUACCAAAAUCAUUAAUCGGGUAACAGUGCGUCUGAGCCUUCCACCGGUGUACAGGAGGGUUCAUCCCGUCUUUCAUGUUUCCAAAAUUAAAUCGGUGAUUUCAUCCCGUCUUAAUCCGCCUGCCCCGGUUCCCCCCCGCCUCGUAUUGUUAAUGGGGAGACCACUUAUUCGGUUAACCGUAUUCUGGACUCCAGACGGAGGGGACGCGGAUUUCAGUAUUUGGUGGAUUGGGAAGGUUACGGUCCAGAGGAGAGAAGGUGGGUUCCUGCUCGAGACAUACUGGAUCACCGCCUUAUUGAUGAAUUCCAUCUACAGGUAAAGCAGGCUGGGAACGUCAAGGGGCGUUCCUAAGGGAGGGGGUACUGUCACGGUAGGAAAUCCACUGUUUCCUCCGUGUCGUGUGUGUGUGUGUUUGUUUGUUCACUCACCCUCUGCCAUGUGCUCAUUAGAGCGAUCCCCUUCACCUGUGUGUUGAUUGUCUCGCUCCAGCUGCUCAUCAUUACAUCACCUCCAUAAACUCACCUGACUUUCUAUUCCCUGCCAGAUUCUUUCAUUGUGUUCGGUCCCGUGUUGUUUGGUUGUCUUGUGUCGCUUCGGAUUACUGUUACAGUUGGAUGUGUAUUGUUGUCGUCUUCGUGUGGAUGUUCCCGUGUUCAGCCUGGAUUUCACCACUGCUCACCACUCCACCAACGUCGCACUUAAUACUCUCUACACCAACUUCCAUCGUAGUCUUCGCCACCAUUGUCAGCAACACCAACACCGGACUGUGUCUUCCGCAUUUGACUCUUAAUACUCUCUCUCUCUGUUUAUAUUUAAUAAACAUUGUUGAAUUUUCCCCUGCAGUUGUUUCCACUCCUUACGUGUCAUUACAACCACAGACACGGCCUUUAACAUUAAUUCAAGAUCUUCACAAUUUAUCAUUGCAAAGUCCUUAAGGUCAGUCUGACCAAAUAUUAUCCGAUUAAAUUUCUAUGAGCGAUUAAAUCACAGUGUAAAACAUGACAUUUCCUGCUGCCAACAGGUGGCGCUAUGACUGCAUCUGAAAAAUGCCAUGUUGAUGUGUUCAGGCCAGGACACUUAUGAAACUUGUGAAGCGUGGAUCAGAUCGGACAUUUUAAGCCUGAUUUUUGCUUGUAUUUUACUGCAGUCCUCGCCGCUACGGCACUCUGCCCCGCCUCCGAGGGAACACGCCUCGCUGGGUUUAUCUGUCUUCCAGCUCUCCAGAUCCGAUUUCUCCAGUCAGGGCUCACAGGUCGUGUGAUCUCCGUGCUACGCAGUCCCUCAGUCGAGGGUAAACAUGGAAGUGUUUGGUGGCUUUUAAAUUCAUCCCUGUAUGGAUCCUAAUGAAUGAAUGGGGCUAGGCUAAAUGGAUGCGCUGUACAAUGAUUAAGUGCAUGCAUUUAGAAAAGAGAGCAAUGAAAAUGUACGUGGACAUGAUGAAGAUUUGGAGAAAUAAAUCAUCACAUCUGUUUGACAUGCAGACAGUCAGUUUGAAGUUCAUUAUUGUUAUUAUCUGGCUUAUUACAGGUGGUGAGUGUUGGACAGUAACUGUUCAGACUGGUGGAUCUGUUAUUAUCCCAUGUCAUUAUGAAAGUAAAUACACCCAACACAAGAAAUUCUGCUGUUAUCAUCCAUCAGGAUGUUACAAUUCCUGCUCUAUUCUGGGAUAUGCAAAUGAAACCAAAGGAAACGUAUCAGUAAUUGAUCAUCCUGAUCAGAGUUUAUUUACUGUCACUAUGAGAGACCUGCAUCAUCAAAACACUGGAGAUUACUCGUGUGCUAUGGAAAUUGAAGGUGCUGCCUAUGAUGUGACAGAGAGGUUUUAUCUCACAAUCCAAUCAGUUCCUGAUCUCUCUGUGAUGUCCAGCAGUGUAACUGUAGAUGAAGGUGGUAAUAUCAGUGUACAGUGUCUCUAUACUUCUACAUAUAGGAAUAAACACAAACAGUGGUGCAGAUAUAAAGACCAGAGCUGUUACACAUCCCAGAAUGCAUCAGUUGAGAUCAGUGAUGAUAGGAGAGGAUCUUUGACUGUGGUGAUGUCUGGACUGAUGAAGAGUGAUUCUGGCUGGUAUUACUGCUCUGUAGAAGAUUUUCACGCUCCUGUUCAACUCACAGUCAAUGUUGCUAAAGUCUCUGUAGGAGAUGCACAGGUUACUGAUAAAUUCAGUGUUACUGAAACAACAACAGCAUUGACCACAGAGAGCACCUCAAGACAGCAUGAUCAUCUAAAGAUGUGGCCUCUACUCAUUGUUCUGCUUCUGCUGCUGUUUCUUGUUACUGUGACAUCUGUAAUAUGGAGAAACAAACACAGGGAAAAUAACAAUCACAUCUCAAAGAUGAAAAAAGAAAAGGUCAGUGAUGAAUGUAGACCAGCAGAUGCAGGGGAAAAUGUGAUCUGCAGCCCUGUACCUGAAUAGGUGUUUAAGCUGGAUUGAAUGUCUGAGAAGAUAAACACAUGAUACAAAAGCUUGCAAAACACCAAGAUAAAAUUGUUAUAAACACAUAACAUUUGAUCAUUUGACAUGCAUGUCUUUAGAUUUACAAGAUGAAAAGUUUGGUUUGUUAAUGUGUGCAAAAAUAACAAGAAUGCAUCUUUAUUGUGUUUGUAUUUAACUGUUAAAUGUGUAUAAUACGCAUCCUUCAGACCAAAUAAACAUGUUAGUAAAAAAAUCAAGUUAGGUUGUAAUUUGUAGUGGCUGAAUGAUUUUAAUAUUUUAUUAUGGCUUGUUAAU